CCCUUGAUAAUCGGCCGUGGUUAGUUUAUCCAUAAAUUGAAGGGUGACUUUGAAAAAAGAAGGGAAGGAAACAACUUGAGCAUUGACUUUAUUGGUGAGCUUUUACGUGGCAUCUACGAUCGAAAUAUGCGUUUUAGAUAAUACUGCCGUCGUGUCAAAUCUCUCUUUUCUCCUCUAUAAAUACUUACUACCAUUUUCUUCUUUUCUUCAUCGUUCAUUCUCUCUCUCGUUGGUAUCUGUUUGUUUGGCAAGAAAAGGGUUUGUUUGUUUUCCAGAAAAGAAGGAAAAGAUGUUGGCUGUAUUCAACAAAGGGUUGGUAAAUCCACCCGAGGAGCUACGCAGUCCGGCCUCAUUGGGUUCAUCCAAGAAACCUAAACUUCCCCAAGAAAUCCUCAAUGAUUUCUCUUCUUCUCAUCCGACAAAUGCUUUCUCUGUUUGCUUUGGAGAUGCAGCUUUGCUCGCUUACUCUCCUUCUCAAAAUUCCCAUUCCAAAUCUCAAAGGUUGUUCUGUGGGUAUAAUGACGUGCAUUGUAUCUUCUUGGGGAGCUUGAACAAUUUAUGCAGCCUGAACAAGCAGUACGGUUUGUCGAAAGGCGGCGAUGAGGCCGUGUUUGCCAUUGAAGCAUACAGGACCCUUCGUGACCGUGGUCCGUAUCCUGCUCACCAGGUCCUCAAGGAUCUUGACGGUGACUUUGGAUUUGUGAUCUAUGAUGCCAAGGCUCAAAAUGUCUUUGUUGCACUGGGUGCAAAUGAAAGGGUGAGGCUUUAUUGGGGAAUUGCAGGUGAUGGGUCUGCUGUGAUAUCUGACAACUUGGCAGCCAUUAAAGAAAGCUGUGCAAAAUCCUUUGCACCAUUUCCAACUGGGUGUAUGUUCCAUAGCGAAGAAGGGUUGAUGAGCUUUGAGCAUCCAAGGAGGAAGAUGAAGGCAAUGCCCAGGAUUGACAGUGAAGGGGUGAUGUGUGGAGCUAAUUUCAAGGUUGAUGUUCAGUCCAAAAUUACCAACAUGCCACGCGUCGGCAGCGAAGCUAAUUGGGCAUUGGGAAGCUAGCUUUGCUUAUUGUAAUGUUCAUGUAUUCUCUGGUUUUUCUUUUUCGAAUUUUAUUUAAAAUGUUGUAUUUGGUUAAAGUUGGAAACAAGUACUUUUUAGCUUUUUAAUCUUCUGGGUUUCUGGUUGAUUUGUAAAAUAUUUGUUUUGUAAAUAAGGAGGAAUCAAGUAACGAAGAGCACUUCAUUUUUCUGUCUC